AUGGCGGAGCAGCAGGAGGUGGUGGUGCGGCUGCAGACCCUGACGGUGGAGGCCGGCUCUGCCGCCGAGGCGCCUUCGGCAGAGGGGGCGCCUUCGGCAGAGGGGGCGCCUUCGGCAGAGGGGGCGCCUUCGGCAGAGGGGGCGCCUUCGGCAGAGGGGGCGCCUUCGGCAGAGGGGGCGCCUUCGGCAGAGGGGGCGCCUUCGGCUGAGGGGGCGCCUUCGGCUGAGGGGGCGCCCCUUUGCACGCCGCUGCCCGCGGAGGCUCGCAGCGAGCCGCACGCCGCCACCUCGGACUCGGAGAGUGACACAGAUUCGGAUAGUUCGUCAACUACAUCGUCCUCUUCGUGUUCUCCUUCGGCAGCGUCUGAUGACGAUGAUCACCCAAAUGAGAAGGAUAACAGAACGUACUGCGUUAGAACAAAGGAUGAGUUGCCCCUUGAUGAACUGCCUCCUGUUGAAGAUUUAACUGUAAUUCUGCCUGAUAAUGUUGAACUGAAGCCUUUUGGGACAGUUUCCAGUAUCAUUGAGCAGCUAGUAAUAGUUGAAUCUCUGAGAGGCCUACCUCCAAUAAAUGAGGAAAGCAUAAUUUUUAAAGGAGAUCGACAAGCAGCAGGAAAGGUAUUUGAGGUGUUUGGUCCUGUUCAACAUCCCUUUUACGUGUUAAGGUUUAACAGCUCUGAACAUGUUAAAGCAAAAGGUAUUAAUGUGCAAGACAGCAUGUACUUUGCUCCAUCAGUGGAGGACUUCACCCAGUACAUAUUUGCAGAGAAACUACAACAGGAAAAAGGGUCAGAUGCAUCUUGGAAGAAUGAUCAGGAACCACCACCUGAGGCCUUGGACUUCAGUGAUGAUGAAAAAGAAAGAGAGGCAAAACAAAAGAAGAAGAAGCCACAGAGUCAAGGAAGGAAGAAAGUCAAAACAGAUACAAAUGCAACAAGUGAGUAUAAAGGACUUCAUCAAUCAGUGCAACAGCCUGCUUCAAGUUAUUCAAGGGGAUACCAUGGCCAAAGAUUCUCUGGGGAUCCAUUUCUUUCUCCAUCGGGACCCCCACGAUUUCCUAGAGCACCACAUCCAUACUCUUCAGACAGCAGGAUACACCAGGAGUCUCCACCGUUCCCACAACCUCAUAGAAAAGAACAUCUAAUGAUGCAACAGUAUCCCUUUCCUCCUCCAGUGUUUGGUUCCAUGAAUGAGAUGCAUCAGUUUCACCAUCCGCCUCCAAAUCCAAAUAUGAUUUGCACAGACCCAAACAUGUACAACUUGUAUCCAUUUAUGCCAGUUCCUCUACCUCCUCCAGAUAGCCAACCUUCUCAGUUCAGGCCUUACUAAGUUUCCAUAAAUGUGUAUAGAAUGUUGCUGUUUAAAGGGAGGAAGAACAGGCUGCCUGGGCCGUGUUUCCUUAUUUUGGAGAUGGUUAUUUUUUUCUGCAAGAAUGAAACAAAAGCAGAGUUUAAUACUUUGUGGGAUGUCCACAGAAUAUUUUUUCUAUGUUCUUUUUGUUUCAAAGAAGGAAACUGUAUGGUAGAAAAUAAUCAAUUAUCAAAUAAUGGUUUAUUUUUAUAACUUGACCAAUUUAGGAUGCUAACUAAUAAAAAUUUUUUGGAGACUGCUAUGUAGUGGUUGAAAUCUGUUCAGUAAUAAAUAGAAUUUUAUGUAACUGCU